AUGGUGCACCAUGAUCAUGUGAAGGGAGUUGACCACUUAUUAGAGUACUCGCCGGAAACCAUCAUCCACAAAAAUCGUCCAGGUGAGGGACAAACGGAUAUAAAAGAUGGUCAAAUAUUUUCAACAGACGGCGCAACUCUCCGUGCGGUUUAUUCGCCUGGUCAUACUCAAGAUCACAUGGCAUUAAUACUCGAUGAAGAAGACGCCAUGUUCACCGGAGAUAAUGUCCUAGGGCACGGUACCGCAGUCUUCGAAGACCUGACGACUUACUUGAACAGCCUUGAAAGAAUGAAGGGCGUUUUUAGUGGUAAAGCAUAUCCAGGACAUGGAGCAGUUAUAGAAGAUGGACCUGGUAAAAUUGGAGAGUAUAUCAGACACAGAAAGGAAAGAGAGUCCCAGGUUAUCCAGGUGUUGAAGUCUGCAAAGAAUAGACCUGGGGUCAUUAUUACCAGAGAUGAAGAAGCUGAUGAAUGGACCUCGAUGGAGAUCGUGAAGAUUAUAUAUAGGGAUGUACCAGAGAGCCUUCACGUGCCAGCGAAUGGUGGCAUUGUACAAAUACUAAACAAGUUGCAAGCGGAUGAGAAAGUGGUCAAGGAGCAAGAUAGAUGGAAAAUAAAGGCGCGAGCCGCUCUUUAA